AGGAGAGAAGUAUAUUACCACUGCAUGUUACAUUUUAAUAGUUAAUAGAACAAAAGAUGCUCGAUGCAUGCUAUACAAGCUAUAUUUCUUCUCUCACCCGCGGAGCUCGCGCCCCACUCCUACACUAACAGUGGGUAGGAAAUGCGGACUUUUGGAAAGUGUCCUUCAAGGGAUCAAAAUGUCUACCAGUGGGACGGCUCAGCCCUGCAGAGGAAGGCAGGUGGAGGAGAGGGAGGCUAACUUUGCCCCAACACCACCAGGGGGCCUACAGAGGGGAAAGGUACAAAAAUAAUGGGGUGGGGGGCAGAUCUGGGUCCGACAGUCCCCCACUGUCAGCUGGUUUCAAUUAGACAAAAGUCACAGUUAGCUGUGUUGCACUUUAUAAAUGUAAAUAGUUAUGUAACGGGCGCUCAGACUGCUGAAUGCUCCCCUGCCUGCAGUCGUACGUGCAUGAGAACUGCAUCAGACAGCACAUCGACGAUACAAGUCCCAGCAUCAGUGUGCUGCAGUGAAAUCAAGCCCCUGAACACACCCUGCUGCAGUCUGCACACCAGUCUCAGCACUGACAGCACACUCAACUCACACCUUCACUGAGCAGAGGAAGAGACGACGAUCUUCUGGAACACAGCUGAGCAGCAGGAUGGUUCAAAAUGACAAAGACCCAAUGCCUGCAGUGGGGAGCCUCUCCCCAAGCCAACUGCUGUCUCUCCUCAAGAUGGAGCCCAAGACUCUUGGGGCCAUUCAGAUUAUUAUUGGGGCUUUAAUUCUUUGUCUGAGUGCGUCAGUGCUCCAGAUCCACGAGGUGCACUUUACAGGAGAUGUGGCUCUCUUCCUGAUCGUUGUAAUACAGGUGACCUUGUCUGGUUCUGUGUUGGUCCACAGUGGGAGGAGACCUUCUCUGUUUUGGGUUAAAUGUGUCCUGGUGCUACAUCUCAUCAGUGCUGCAUUUGCCACUGCUGCCUUGGGCUUGAUGUCCAAACACCUCCCCUACCGCCAGGACUCUUACCACUGUGAACACUGCCGCAGACUGGAGCUACAUGCCGUGCAACAUUGUUUCAGGAAAUGCACCGGGCUGAUCGAGCAAAAGUGUAAACUGUUGAUUGACGGGAUCUUGGGGACAUUGGUGAUUUUCUUGGUGCUGGAGCUGUUAAUCUGUAUCACUGCCAUGCUGUUUGGACUCAGUGUUCUAGCUGCAGGUGGCACCCACGCUCCCAGCCAGAGACCUGUCUAUCCACAGACCCGCCCCCCACCUGUUUCAGCUGUGCAAGCAGUUCAAGCUGCUCCAGCUGCAGCUGAACCAUCUCAGGUGGCUGUAGUUGUGACUGAACCAGAUUCAGAGCAGGUUGAGGACAUCUCCACUCCAACCACUGAACCCCAGGUGGAGCCAAUAGAAGUUGAGACCACGGAGCCCUGAUCUAAAGCACACUGUGCUGUCAAGUCAUGCCAUCUCAUGUUAGAGUGUAAACAACUGGAAAAUGAAAAUAAGGAGCCAGUUAACUCCCAUUUAGCUUGAUGAUAUAUUUCAACUCAGGUGACAAAGUCAUACAAAUGUGCUGACAGCAGUCAUCAAUGGUCAGACAGAUAAUAAGAAUUGGUAAAAAUAAAUGUAAUGGCAUGACAUGAACACAGUACCAGUGUGAGCAAUGCUGACCCACGGUGCAGUAUGUUGUGGUAUCAUAUGGAUCAGUGUUAUUGGUAAUGUUGAUUUAUUCUUCAAAUACUAAGACCACUAAUAUAAGUAGAGUCAGCUUGGGACAAGCAAAGAUGUUGGUCACCAUAGAAUAAGUAGGAUGUAAUCACUUCUACAUUACACUAAUAAUGUAUGCUCAUGUUUGUUCAUUAGACUAAAGACUAACUACUGGCACUUUUCAACCUCUUUUGCCUGAAACCUAUUUUACUGUUGUCUGCUAGUAAGACCAUUCUUUUAUUUAUUUGUAGAUUUAAAUUGUGUAAAGCCAUUACAGACUUAACUGACUGAGUAUUACAGCGGCUAAUCCACUAUCUAUUAUCCAUUCAUUAUUGGCUCUAAUAUACAGUAUAUACUUGAGACCUCUUAUCUUAAAUGUAAAGAAGUACUCCAGUGAUUUAGUACCAGACAGAAAUAUGAAAAUUCAGACUAAAAAAAAAAAAGUCAGAAUUCUUUUAUAUCAAUAACUAAAAUCCACAAAUCUAAAAUAUACACAGUGCCAACUGCAGUGGCUCUUAGCAGAGUGCCAAAGGCCAAACAGUGCUGUUUAAUUAAUCAAGCCUAAUCCAACAUCAAAAUUGAUAGUCCUCCAUCAUUCUACAAUUUAAACCACCCAUAACUGCUUAACCAUGAUUUAACACUUCACAUACUAGCCAACUUAAUUCACCUGACACCAUGCACUAUUCGUGAGAAAUUAAAACAAAUGUCCGAAAAUAUGUCAUAUUGUUUCAGAAAGAGAGAUGUUUCCUGGAUCUGUCCGUUUACUUGGACCUAGUGCUGGGUGGUAUACCGGUUCAUAUUUUCGUUAUGAUAUGAAUUUUUAAUAUACCGUCAUACUGGUGUAUUUGAUUACACAACAUUCAGAACGCUGCGCUGCGUGCCACUGUUUCAGACCAGACCCUUUUCAUGUUGCGCUUCUAAACAGGCAUGGGGCAACUGCGAGGCGUGGUGGGGGUAAACAGUAGUGCUGUGGUGUUAUGUUACGGUGAAGAUGACUAGGAUAGACAUUGCAGUUCAUGACUUCAUCUGCUGAUGUCAAGAUUAGCAACUGGAAAGCUGCUGAGAUCCGGGAGUUGUUAGCAUCUCCUUGGUCUCUGUAGCUGUCAGUUUUUUUGUUGUGGCGGUAGGCUACUAACGGUUAAAACAUGAUAAACUGCCCUCUUGGGAGCCAAAAUGCACACUAAAGUGUCCUCAUGGCAGCCAAAACGCCCUUCUUUUCACCCCUGCCCUUCAAAAAGUCUGUGCACGCCACUGUGCCUACCCCAGUGGCGGCUUUUUGGGAAAGAAGGUAUAUCAAACCUCCCUUUUAGAUAGACAGAGCGGCAGAAUGCAGCCUUUACCUUGCA